AUGGCGUGGAGACAACAAGGAAGUACAGGAUCGAACAAUAUCCCCUUGGGAAACCGACGACGUUUUCCUGGUGAUGGCGGCGCUACCCAAGAGGAAAGCUACAGCCCAGCUCAAUCUUCCAACAAUCACCAUGAUUCGGGUAUCAAGCGUGGACGAAGCCCUACAGUGAAAACCGAAGAAGUUGGAGGCGAUGGAUCUCGACGUCGCAAGAAGAGAAAUCGUUGGGGUGAUGCUACCGAGAAUAAGGCUGCAGGCCUCAUGGGACUUCCAACUGCAAUCAUGGCGAACAUGACCAGCGAGCAACUCGAAGCUUACACCUUACAUUUCCGGAUCGACGAAAUUACUCAAAAAUUGAGAAUCGAUGAUGUUGUUCCAGCGGAUGGCGACAGAUCACCUUCUCCUGCUCCCCAAUACGAUAACUUUGGUCGCCGUGUCAAUACUCGAGAAUACAGAUAUAGAAAGAGGCUCGAAGAUGAGAGACACAAGUUGAUUGAUAAGGCUAUGAAAGUCAUUCCUAACUAUCAUCCACCACAAGACUAUCGCCGUCCCACCAAGACUCAAGAGAAAGUCUAUGUGCCAGUCAAUGACUACCCAGAAAUUAACUUCAUUGGUUUACUUAUCGGUCCUCGUGGCAAUACAUUAAAGAAAAUGGAGACAGAAUCUCAAGCUAAAAUUGCUAUCCGUGGAAAAGGAUCCGUCAAGGAAGGAAAAGGUCGAUCCGAUGCAGCUCAUACUAGCAACCAGGAAGAAGAUCUUCAUUGUUUGAUCAUGGCAGAUACAGAGGAAAAGGUCGAGAAGGCGAAAAAAUUGAUUCACAACAUCAUUGAGACGGCCGCUUCUAUCCCUGAAGGUCAAAAUGAGCUAAAGCGUAACCAACUUCGUGAACUCGCCGCACUUAACGGUACGCUUCGUGAUGAUGAGAAUCAGGCUUGCCAGAACUGUGGUGAAAUCGGCCACAGAAAAUACGACUGUCCACAACAACGCAACUUCACUGCAAACAUCAUUUGUCGCGUUUGUGGUAACGCUGGACACAUGGCUAGAGAUUGUCCGGACAGACCUCGUGGUGCAAACUGGCGCAACGAUGGUCCUCCAGGUGCAAAUGCUGUUCCAGGCCAAGGCCGUAUUGGUGCUGGCGAUGCUGUUGAUCGUGAAUAUGAGCAACUUAUGCAAGAGCUCUCGGGUGGUGCUCCGGUUACUGCAGAUGCUCCUCGGCGUAUUGAGUCUGGCCCCUCAGGUUAUGAUCAAGGGCCUCCAAAAGAUCAGGAAGACGUCAAACCAUGGCAACGAGGCCCAUCGAAUGCUCCCGCCCCAUGGCAAAGAGGGAAUGAUGCUCGCGAUACUCGUGAUUCCCGUGACGGUCGUGACGGUCGUGACGGCCGUGAUUCUGGCCCUGCCCCUUGGGCUAGAAGAGGAGGUGAUGAUAGAGAUAGAGGAGGCUAUCAAAAUGGAUACAAUGCUGCACCAUCCGCUCCCUGGGCAAAGCAAUCACAACCAUCAUCUAUCCCGACUGGUCCAUCUGCCUAUCCGGCUCAAAACGCUUUUGCCCCUGGGUAUGGUAGCUAUCCUACUCAGCAAUUGCCGAUGGGAGCACCUCCGGGUCUUAACAUCAAUGCCCUUCUUCAACAAUAUGGCAACUCUUCACUUCCUCCCCCACCUCCUCUGGAUAGCCAGCCACCCCCACCUCCUCCGACUCACCAGCCUCCACCUCCGCCAACCAACCAACCUCCACCGCCCCCUCCUCCAGGAAACUAA